AAAUUUUAGCCAAGUACAUGCAUGGUAUGCACGUGGCACCGUGGAAUGCUGUAUAAUUGUGGAUAGCCGUCCAUUUUUUGAUGGUGAAGAUAGACGGCGAUCCAGAGAUGCAGAGUAUUCUGUGGUCCACAACCCGCACCGCAAAGGUCCUAAUUGAAAAUUUUUUCCCUAAUAGCUUUGAUAGUGAAUAUUAUUAGACUAAUACUAACAGAAAAAUAAUGGUAUUGGUAGUAAAUUAAGUUGAUUAAACCUGAACUUUUUUGACCGUCAUAUGUUUAACAUGGAGGCCCCCCGGAGCGGUACCGAGAGAGAUGCUUUUCCUCUCUCUCUCCUUUUUUUCCCUCCUUUAUAUAUUUUGGUACUGAGUCACGAGAGACGGGAAGAAGAGCGGCGAGAUGGGAGGCGGGGGCGGGGAGGCGGCGGCGUCGGCGGCAGCGAGCGCGUGUUCGUCGUCGCCGUCGGUGGCGUCGCCGAACGGGAAGAGGGGGAGAGAUCCGGAGGAUGAGGUCUACCUCGACAACUUCCAUUCCCACAAGCGUUAUCUUAGCGAGAUAAUGGCUUCCAGUAUGAAUGGAUUGUCAGUGGGGGAUUCCCUCCCUGAGAAUCUCAUGGAAUCCCCAGCAAGAUCUGAAAGCAUAUGUUACCCCAGGGAUGAGAUUGCCUCACAGUACUCUCCAAUGUCAGAAGAUUCAGAUGAUUCCCGAUACUGCGAAACCCCAUUAAACACCACCGCCAUCCAGUCUGAUGUCAUGAGUAACCCUACCAGUCCAGUUUCUCCCCACAGGCAUCAGAAAGUGACGGUGUUCUCUUCUUCCAAUCCUUACCCUCUUCCUAGCUGUACCCUUGCCUCUGUUGUCUGCUCCCAUCCACGCCACCAACGUGGAUCAGACUCAGAAGGUCGCUUCCCAUCUUCACCAAAUGAUGUGUGCCACACAGCAGACCUCAGACGGGCUGCGCUGUUGAGAUCGGUGCAGAUGAGAGCACAGCCUCAUUGCCCACCUGCAUAUGAGUUGCCUUUUAAUGGCGGGCAAGAGAAUAUUCAGAGUGUAGAAGAUGGGGAAGACCGGUCCUUCUCAUGUAUUAAAACUCUAGAUGAUGAAACUGGUUAUCAAAGCCCGGAACCUGAAGCAGAUUUCAUUGAGGAUUGCUCAUCGAUGGAGGGUCUCUCAGAGUCGAAGCUUAGCCAAGUGUAAAUAUCAUGUGGUGUUAUUCAGGCAUGGGAAGUUUAGAGAGUAUGUGGAAGAGAAGGCACUGAAGGAAAAUGGUGUCGUAAAAUGGAUCAACAGUUCAGCUUGUUCCAAGAGAUGAUGCAGAUAUUUCUCUUGGACUCAUGGACUCGCCAGAAUUCUCUUGUACAUCUGGAGGGAGGCGUGUUGAUCCUUUUUCUUUUUUAUUUGUACAAAUCUACAUGCUAACUUUUGGAGCCAAAGGAAUGCUCUUGAACUUUGCUUGAUUGUUAAAAUUGCUCGACAUGCAGGAACUAGGUCAAGUAUUCCUUUAUGAGGUGCCACUGCCCUUUAAAAUUCAGAUGCAAGUUAGUUCUGAUAUCACUUGAACAAAAUAUUCAGGUUUGCUGGCUUGUGUAGGUUUUGCUGUUUUUAGAGCAUGAAUAUCAAAUGUCCCCAA